AUGCAAUUGUAUUCACCACAGACCAAGCAUACCAAUUUGGGAUCGUCCAGAGCCGCUUCUGGUUCCAAAAAUAAUAACACCAAUGAGGGAAAUGAUAAAGCACUAUUAGAAUUACUCAAUCAACGAGUUCUUAUCGCAACCAAUGGUGUUAAGAACAAGAAUUCAACACUAGGUGAUGGAUCUAGUUCAAUUGGGAUCGGGAUUAGAAACAGUAACUCGGAAUUAGAUCAUAUGGACACUAUCCUGGAUGAACAUUUGAUACCAUCUCCACCCAUGUCUCCUAAAUUUUCCACUAUUCACAGAGAUGAGGAUAACUCUGAUAUCCUUCUGAAGCCAAUUUGGCAGCCAGGGUUAACUGUUAAGAGGUAUCGUCAUGCGACGCAUGGGUUUCUAUCUCAAUACAAAAUAUUUGAUGAUUCCAUUAUAAAUAGGCGUCAAGGCGGAUAUUAUAAUACAAGUAAUAGAUCAAGACGUUAUAACUAUUCUGAUGUGAGAAAAUACCCAUAUAUUCAUGACGAUGAUUUGCUAGGUGGCAGACAUAAAAGACCUAGUAGAAGAGCCGGAAGACCCUCUCAUUAUGACGAUGGGAAAUAUGUUUCAUCUGUCUAUGGAACCGAUGACACGGAUUGGGAUAGUUAUAACCCUAUACUCUCCAAGAGACCAAGUACUCCAAUUCAUAGAAUAAAGAAAUCCACUCCAGCAGUUUCAUCCCCUUUGGCAUCUGCACUUGCCAUCCAUUCAGCACCACAAUAUGUACCAAAUAUGUCAUGGGAAAAAUUACCUGAUUAUUCUCCUCCUUUGAGCACUUUACCCGCAGAUAAUACUAAAUCUUUAAAAGUUGAAUGGAAGGGAUCAUCUAUGGACCUAUCUCAUGAUCCAUUGAAGAAACAUUUACAUCCAGCAGAGUUACAAUUAGCUUCAAUAUUAAGAUUACCUUGUGAUCUCUACUUAGAUUCCAAGAGGAGAUUGUUUUUGGAGAAAGUACAUCGUUUGAAAAAAGGUUUGCCAUUUAGAAGAACUGAUGCACAAAAGGCAUGUAGGAUUGAUGUGAAUAAGGCAUCCAGAUUAUUUGCUGCAUUCGAGAAAGUUGGUUGGCUAAGGGACUCAAAUUUUAAACAGUGGGUUUGA